AUGUCCGGGAAUGAAGCCUAUAGUUCAGGGAACGAACUCGGCCAGAUAUCUAUCCCGGCUGCGCCAGGCACAGAUAUGCCGCCUCUGGUGUUGCCUGCUGGGCGCGGAGGUGGCUGCGUUACAUCAGGGCCUUUUCAGAACAUGAGCGUCAAUCUUGGCCCCGUGCUCCUGCCCCCGGUCGACGGCAGUAUCAUCUCCAAUGGCGAUGGCUACGCGUACAACCCAUGCUGUCGCAAGCGCGACCUCACUGAAGCCAUAAACCAGCAAUACUCCAACGUCUCAGCAAUCGCUUCCAACAUCCUGGCGCACGACAACAUCGGAGGCUUCCAACUGACAAUGCAGGGCGUGCCGGGCACAGGCAGCGUCGGCAUCCACGGCGGCGGCCACUAUUCCCUGUGCGGCGACCCGGGCAGUGACUUUUAUAUUUCCCCUGGAGACCCGGUGUUCUACCUGCACCACGCGCAGGUCGAUCGAGUGUGGUGGAUCUGGCAGAACUUGAAUGCUGAGACGGCAAUUGGCGAGCAGGGCAUCUCUGGUACAGGGACGUUUCUGAAUGAGCCGCCAAGCGCAAACACAACGCUGGAUACGCCGCUUGACAUUGGGUAUGCUCGGGAUGGUGUUCUGUCGAUGAAAGAUAUAAUGAGUACUGCAGCCGGGCCGUUCUGCUACAUCUAUAUUUGA